GCAUGAUAAUACUGUGAUGUAUGUCACUUACACAGGUAGAGUCGGACCGCAUCUUUUCAGCCCUACUAUUGCUAUCCUCUUGAUUUGAGAGAUUUUAUUCCCUUAGUGCUUUUACUCCCAGUUGUUACACCAACACCCACGUUCACUAUCAUGCCUUAUCCAAUUUCAACGCCCGGGCAGGCCUCGGCUUCUCGCAACGGCAAGCAGUGGCCAGCGUUCCCAGGUAUCCCUAUCUUUCUUGAGACCCAUGAUGAACGGACAGCACCAAAAUCGUACGGAACAACACCUACAACACCCACAACACCAGAAAUUCUCACCCAUGGGCGGCCAGCUCCUUCGGACCCAGCCUAUCUGACGGCACGGGACGACAGCUCUCUGCAGCACAGUCCCACUACAACAAUUCAGACGUCGAGUGCCCGUUCGUCUGUAUGGCCACUCCCUGAGCCAGCACCAGAGGUGCAACAACCAAAAGAUCAAGCUCGACCAUCUCUCCGCUUCUUUCCUACCCAACGUCCCAGAAUCCAACUUGGCAGCGUGCCUACCCUGCAGAUACCUCAGAUGCCACACAUGCCACAGGUUGAUGAGAAGACACCUAUAAAUUUCUUCCAUCCUGGCCUUGGGAUCUGGAAUGGCGGCGAGAAACCACCCUCUGUCGAGAUAACACCACCGCUUGACGAGAAGGUCGAAAAGAUCGAAGAAGAGACGCCCAACCUUGCCGAGCGCAUCGAACAAAGACUCUUCCAGUACAGUAUCUCAGGGAACAUUGUUAAGAGAUGGCUAUUGGAGCUUGUCAGUUGGGUCUUCAGCGCGUUAUGCAUGGCUGCCAUCAUCGGUGUGCUCAUCUAUCUCCAAGAUGACAAACUAUCGAACUGGACUCUCGACAAGAGGACCGGCCUGACACUGAACGCUUACAUCUCUGUUCUGUCGAAGAUGGCUGGUGCCGCAUUGAUCCUCCCUGUCUCAGAAGCACUUGGCCAGCUCAAGUGGAGCUGGUUCCUGCAGCACUCAAAGCAGAUGUGGGAUUUCGAGAUUUUUGACAACGCAUCUCGAGGUCCUUGGGGUUCAUUGCUACUUCUUAUUCGAACCAAGGGCAGGGCGCUCGCGGCUCUAGGGGCCCUUAUCACCUUAGGCUUGAUGACUCUAGAUCCCUUCUUCCAGCAAGUCGUCGACUUUCCGGAUAGAUGGGCACUGCAAGAUGCGCCAGCAAGCGUUCCCUGGACUGAGCGCUUCGAGACUGGCGAUAUCUCCGUAUACAGCGAAGACGCGCUUUGGGCAACUGCAGACUCGGAUGUUGGGCUUGUCGCCUCGAAGUUCUUUUAUGGCAACGGUACACAACCGAUACCCUUUGGUAACGGUACUCGGCCUGAUAUACCACUUUCCUGCCCAACCAGCAACUGCACAUGGCCAGCUUACGACACUUUGGGUGUUUGCAGUGAAUGUGCAGACGUUUCAAACUAUCUAACCUACGCUUGCGUUAAUGGUACAGUGGAUUGGACCUCGAAUUUGACCGGUGGAUACAACGUGGAUAAUUCAUACCCUAACGCGACAAUGUGCGGUUACUUUCUCAAUUUCACGGGCGAACUUACGACAAUGAUGUCCGGCUACCUCCUUGAGCCAGAAACUUCUGAACCGGGAGAAGCACUUCUUGUACGGACGUUACCGAUGGUAACAGUGUUCGACAAGACACCUGUGUAUGGCAAUGGAUCCAUCAUGUUUCCAGACGUUCGAGAUCCGAUCGCAGAUGUUUUGAUAGUGUCUGCUGCAGACGGUACAGCCAGCUCGGUAUACAGACACGAGGCACCAUUGGCACAAGAGUGCGUCAUUUCAUGGUGUGUCAAAACAAUCAAGUCGUCAUACGACUGGGGCGAGUACAACGAAGAAGUACUUGAGACACGCAUCAACACAACUGCAGGUCCGUUCCCUUGGCAAACAAUGGCAUUGGAUCCAUCUAUUGAGGCCACAAACGGCACCCAAAUCUUCUUCGCCGACGACAUCCACAUACACGUCAACUCCACUGAUGCCAAUUCGACUAUGAAAAGCUACGGUACUUCUAACAAUACAGCCUACUCAAUAAUGGUUGUCUUCGAUGAUAUGUUUCCUUCUUUCUACACGGCUAAGGACGCGUCUGCGGAACCGGUUCUCAGGUUUUGGACAUGGAAAGAUGGCCCAGCAUACACUCAACAUCCUAUAUUUAACCCUUGGCUUGCACCAAACAACAUCUCGUCCCACGUUGGAAGACUGGCCACAGCAAUGACCAACGUCAUCCGGUCGAAGACCGGUAAAAAAUGGAUAGACGGACACUCUUACAGUAUGGAAAACUAUGUCGCUGUGCGCUGGGAAUGGCUUACUUUGCCUCUCGGACUCCUCAUGAUGAGCUUGAUCUUCCUCGCGGCAACAGUAUUCAAGUCUGCCCACGAAAGGGAACAAGUGGGAGUACUCAAGAACUCAGCUAUUCUUACUUUACUUCAUGGAAUUCCUGAUAACAUGCGAGGAAAAUUGACUAGAUCCACAAGUAAAGGUACGCCAAGAGCAAAAGCUAAAGAGUUGAAGGUCAGAUUGCAUCCGAAUCUGGGUUGGCGGGUUUCUGGUAAUGUUUUCUCGCCUAUGAUCUCCCGAGCUCCCAAAGCUCAGCCGCCUCCUGGUUGGAUCUGAGAAAGAGCGCUCUAGAAAGAAGAUGGUUUAUUAAGACUACAUACUAUAUGAGAGAUGUUGCUCGUGCACCUGGCACAGACACCAACAAAAAAUAACAAUCAAGGAAAACAACCCAAGUCUCCACUGGGAUAUCUGUCUAGCCACCUCGCCCACCACGGUUGAUGCG